UGCUAUAGCAAAUCUCCAUGGCAAUGACCCUAAUCAGGGAAGAGGGGGUGCGGAGGGGACGCAUGCUCAGAGUGGUGCUGGAGCCUCUCCUCCUCGCUUCAGCUGCUCCCAGGGUCUGACACACAGGUGAAGAGAAAGAUCAGGCAGGGAAGAUAGCUGGAAUUACUGCUGAGAGCCAUGGCGCUGCCGUCUGCCUGGAGCGUGACGCGUGUGGCCAUCCCGGUCAUCUCGGUGGUUGCCCUGCUAAGUGUGAGCCUUGUGGGGGCCAGCCAGGACUCCGGGAGUGUCAUUCCUGCAGAAAGUCGUCCCUGUGUUGACUGCCAUGCAUUUGAGUUCAUGCAGAGGGCGUUGCAGGACUUAAAGAAGACGGCGUAUAACCUAGACACACGGGCAGAAACCCUCCUCCUGAGAGCAGAAAAGAGAGGCCUGUGCGACUGCUUUCCUGCAAUACACUGAAUUGACCACUGAGAUUUGGCCAAUGAACACUUACUAGUUUUUAAAAUGCUGUUCAAUAGAUUACAGGAAGACACA